GCUCGUGUUUAUCUUGUGAUUUUCUAAUGAACGCAUCGUGCAGGGUCUUCCGAGCGGUAUAAAGCUUCGAUCCACGUCCCACGUCGUGCUGGAGCUCUACUUAUCCACUCCUCUCUUCUCCUCUUCCCACUCCCUAAGCCCUCGCUCCCACAACUUCAGUGUGCCAUUUCCGCGAGGCCUUCACCAGUAAACAUGGUCCACUUGGCAAGCGUUGAGCAGGAUGCUUAUCCUGGUAAGCCAUUUGACCAUCCACUGCGUCGUCAGUCUGUGGUUCCUGGCCUCGAACACAUUUCUCUAGAAGCCCCCGGUGAGGAUGAGUUCUCCACAUCCGUCUACGGAUCUCGAUUCGCCGCACAAGACCUACCGUCUAAGGAAAUGCCGGAAAAAGAGAUGCCAAAGGAGAUUGCUUACCGUAUGAUCAAGGAUGAACUGAGUCUGGAUGGGAAUCCCAUGCUCAACCUAGCAAGUUUUGUGACUACAUUCAUGGAAGAUGAAGCCGAAAAACUUAUGACCGAUGCCUUCUCCAAGAACUUUAUUGAUUACGAAGAGUACCCCCAGACAGCUGAAAUCCAGAACCGGUGUGUCAACAUGAUUGCCCGUUUGUUCAACGCACCGAUUUCGGAAGACGGAGAAAAUGCCAUGGGUACAUCAACCAUAGGUUCCAGUGAAGCCAUUAUGCUGUCCGUUUUGGCGAUGAAAAAGAGGUGGGCCAACAAGCGCAAGGCUGAAGGCAAAGAUUUUUCACGACCCAAUAUCAUCAUGAACAGCGCGGUCCAGGUCUGCUGGGAAAAGGCGGCUCGAUAUUUCGAUGUCGAGGAGAAGUAUGUCUACUGCACCGAUGACCGCUACGUCAUUGAUCCGGAGGAAGCAAUUUCCUUGAUCGACGAGAAUACUAUCGGUAUCUGCACCAUCCUUGGCUUGACCUACACCGGCGAAUAUGAAGACACAGAGGCCAUCAAUAAUCUUCUUGUGGAGAAAAAUAUCGACUGCCCCAUUCACGUCGAUGCAGCCUCGGGUGGCUUUGUAGCCCCUUUUGUGAAUCCUAACCUCUUGUGGGACUUCAGACUGGAAAAGGUCGUCAGUAUCAAUGUUUCAGGUCAUAAGUACGGAUUGGUUUAUCCCGGUGUUGGCUGGACCAUCUGGAGAUCUCCCGAAUACCUACCCAAAGAGUUGGUCUUCAACAUCAAUUACCUGGGAGCCGACCAAGCCUCAUUUACCCUGAAUUUCUCCAAAGGUGCCAGUCACGUCAUUGGGCAAUAUUACCAGAUGAUCCGACUAGGGAAGCGUGGUUAUCGCAGCAUCAUGCUCAACCUCACCCGCACGUCUGACUACCUGGCGGCACAACUGAAAGCCCUUGGUUUCGUCAUCAUGUCUCCAGGUGGUGGUCGCUCGCUGCCCGUGGUCGCCUUCCGCCUGAACCCAGACGCUGGCCACUUCUAUGAUGAAUUUGCCAUUGCCCAUCAACUGAGAGAGCGCGGUUGGGUCGUGCCAGCCUACACUAUGGCCCCACACAGUGAGAAGUUGAAGAUGAUGCGUGUGGUCGUCCGUGAGGACUUUAGCAAACAACGGUGUGAUGCCCUGGUGACAGAUAUCAAGUUGGCGGUUCAGACACUAGGAGAGAUGGAUCGCAAAUCGAUGGAAAAGUAUCAAGAGCAUGUGAUGAAGCACACGAAACAGGGCAGGGUGGCCGCCCGCAACAACGCCCCCAGACACAGUGAACACUACAAGAAGGAAAAACAUUCAUUACAAGGGAAGCACGGCAAAUCUCAUCCGAUCUGUUAGUCUUAACUUGCCGAUUCAAUCUCUAUCGAGCGUCUGCUAUGCGUCUCCUAUGCCUCUCCAGUCAUGGAUUGAUCACGGAAGAGUAGUGGCUAUUUCAUAGAUAUCAGAAAUGAUAUACCUACGGCUCGAUGUGCACCAGUGUUCUUAUCUUGUUUAUGCUGUGAUUUUGGUGUUUUGUAACACUCGCCAUCAUGCUUGACGACGUCACUUUCGUAAGGGGUCGCCAUCGCACUACAUUACGCUGGAGAGGUUGGGAUCUUGCUUAGAAGGGCGAGGGGCGUGUCGUCGCGACAAGUGCACGGCUCGAGAUUUGAUCAGGCUGUCAGCGGCGGAAGACCAGGCGCAUUGGGCACCCCCAGCCCUCCGGAUUGGAAAAUGACGACGAUGGAGCUGCCAUAUCGGUCACCCUGGACAGACUAAAGUCGGUGACACACGCUGAAAGCGACGAGGAUUGAGAAUAGUGAGCUGAACCUCAUCCCUUGGUCAUCGUCUUGUUUUCAGCAAAGGUAGAA